CAAUGGAUCUCUCGAUAGCGAUGUGGACGGCGACUAUCGUUGGCGCUGUCACGGUCUACGAUGAUUUGGGGAGUAUCAGAGCAGCAACACAAUAAGAAGGUUGAGGCGACCAUCUUCUCACAUUGCACUCAGAUGUGCUCAACCAUCUUCUCACAUACUCUCCCCUCUCCGUCAAGGUCGAGCGGGUAUGGUCCGGAUCCAAGAACGCUCGAUACUCCGACGGCUUAACUCUCUCAAUCCCCUUCUGCCUUGACUACAUCAAAUAUGAGAAUAAUUGAAGACCCCCCUGUUUGAGUUAUUGUCGUUCUUUUUUUUUUUUUUUUUUUUUUUGCCCUAAUUGGAAUUGGAAUCGGAUUCGGGAUGUAAUCUACAACGCGCUCCACAGCGCUGGAUGUCAUCUUUUUGCUCCACCCUACUUCCGCGCUCUCAUUGUCCAACCCGCACCCCUCCACUCUUCACUCUCCCUCUUUUGUUAGAGUUCCUGCGAUCCGCUCCUUCGGCUAAGCGCAAGAUGGCCAACCCCUUCCUCCUCUUCUUGCCGAUCGCGUCUUGUUUUCUACAGAUUUGGACAUCGGAUGUGCUAUUCUACGAGUCGUUUGAUGAACCUUUUGAUGGUCGGUGGAUCGUCUCAAGGAAGGGGGACUAUGGAGAACGAGUGUAUGAACCAGUAAAAGCUCAAAAAAUCCAUGUCGUCAGAGAAAUGAAGAUCCAGAGAAAUAUAAUGACGACAAGCAAAGAUCGACAAGAUCCAACGACAACAACCGUGAGAGUAAACCUGCUGAAAGAGCUGCGAGAAAUCCUACAUCAGACAGGAGGUUGGCAUCGGAAGCCUUCUCAUGAUGAUGUAGCAGUGCCACCUUUUGCUGAGUGGGAUGAGAAUGAUCCGGCGUCCGGUGAGAAGUAUACUGGCAUCUUCAAGUUGAUAGCUGAAAAUCGAAGAACUCCAGGAACCCCAUAUCAGCCACCGGAGCCAAACAUUCAACCGGAAACUACUACAGAAGCUCAGGUAAUCACCACAUCAUAUUUCCUUAACAAGUUGAUGCAGAGACUAGUUUACAAUCAUAUUUGUAGUAGAGACUACGAUCUUUACAAUGAGAAAUCUCAAAUGCAGCAGCUAGAUGUGCUGCAGUAAUAGUUGCAUUUAACUAGUAGUUACUGCACAUCGUAACUGUCCUAAUUGUAGGAGGAAUCAGGCUUACAGAGGCUUCACUUUCUGCAAUUGAAGCUUUAUGAACUCUACCAUUUAACCGCAAUGGUUUUCCUGCUUAACUUCUUUGCUUCCUCAUAUUUUUCCCAAUUUUUUUGCUUCCGUUACAAUGGUAGGCACUCAUAUUAACCGGAACUAAAGUUGUGUUUGCGGAAGAUAUAUCCAAGAUAAAAUUAUAGUGGAAGAAAUGAUUCACAGAAUCUACCUCCAAAAAUUUUGAGAUCUGCCUUGGCUAUUUUUUUUAAAUGUUGCUAUUAUUGGUUUCUAGUUGUUGAUCGGUCAUGUAAAUUUGUUGUUUAUGAAAAAAAAAAAGUUGCAGUUUCUUAGAUAUUUUAUUCUUUUUACUGAAUUUUGCUUCUGUAAAAUGCUUUACCACAUACACCAUAUUUUUCUCUUCCAUUUACUUCUUCCAGAGUUUACUCUUAACUUACUGCUUGCAUUACUAAUCCUUUCUUAACCUUCACUGAUGGUUUUUUUUUCUGUUUGAAAUUACGAUAGCUCAUUCUCAUAAAUGGGAUAAUCUAGUGACUUUGUUUUCAUGCAUUUUUUACCUUUUCUAUAUGUUGUUAAUAAUAGAUGACAAUCUGAGAGAUAGCACUUUAUUUUUGGUA